GGAGUGUCACAUAAAUAACACACCCAUGGGCCAUGGUAGAAUUAGAAAGUAUAAAAAAUUGUAAUAGCCUGUUAUUUUCGGAACAGGUUUUCGAUUUCGUAAACUGAAACGCAGAUAAUAGUUGUUGCUUGGUUCCUUCGACCUUGUUCUGCCGUAUUUUGGCGACGAACUUGAACAGUCUACCAUUGGCAUUUGUCAGCCUGAACUUGGAGUUAUUUCCCACACGGUAAUCAGAAGUGUGCUGUCAAUGGACCAGGAAAACACUACCCACGAGAACGACGCAACGGCGACUCAUGUGCGUGAUGAUCAUGAUCAGGAUACCUCUGUUGGGGAUCACGAGCAAGGCGAUGUGUCCAAGCAGGGUACAGGCGACGCAGAGGAGAGAAUCGAAGAUGAUCCGGUGCUGCAGGACCUGCAGGAGCCUAGCAGUGGCGAAUCAGGCGACACCGUCAUCCGCAACGAUAAUCCUCGCUCACGUUCUCCCGGUUCUCCCCGCUUUCAGACGCCUGCUAAGGGCGAGCAGCAUCCGGAAUGCACUGAAGCCGAUGAAACCCCGCAGUCUCCGGAAUAUCACACUGGCACCACGGUGCGUGAUGAUCCCAGUUUUGACGAUUCGGCGUUCACUUCGCCAGUCUCCGAUGAAUCCUUGGCUGAUAGCGGUCGCACUGAGGAUUUCUUUUCGCCCGUGAUGAAGGACGAGUUGGAGGAAGCUGAGGUGCACGGGGACGGAUAUCGCGUAACCGAUAAUUAUGGAAACGCGGAACUUUUACGCACAAUUUCCGGUGGCGAUGCGCAUACAGAAAAUGUGGAAGGCGUCUCGGAAUCGUGUCCCGUCCCGUACGUGCCUGACUUGAAACCCGCUGAAGUGGCCCGCGAAACCACAACCGUGAUCAGGGAUACGGAUGUUGCACUGGCCACCGCUAAGGCUGAGGAGAAACUAGCUGAAGCCGAAAGUGAGUGGCAGGAUCUUGUCGGCAAUGGACAGCUAAUGAAAAAGAUACUUCGCCAAGGAAAGCCAGACAGUCGGCCAGAGCGCGGCGAUGAGGCAUCCGUGCAAUGCAGUGCCAGGGUUGUGGAUAACGCCUUCGAUACGUCAAUUGUCGCAACAAUUGUGGAUAAAUAUGACAAGUUGGAUUUUGUCGUGGGCGAUCAGGAGGUGAUUCCCGGUCUCGAUUUGGCUGUACAGCUGAUGAACAUUGGAGAAGUUGCUGAAGUAAAGAUGCAACCGCGCUUUGGAUAUGGCGAAAUGGGAUAUCCGGAAAGCGGGAUUCCCUCUGAUGCAACCUUAUUGUACACGGUGGAACUGCUAAGUGCCAAACGGCUUCCUGAUGCGGAGCAUCUUCCUCUAGCUGAUCGACUUCGAAUGGCAAACAACAAGGUCGAUCGCGGCAACUUCUGGUAUUUACGGAAGGAAACUACAUCGGCUCUGGGGCUUUACCAGAAAGCUGUGCAUCUACUGGAAGCACCUGUCGGCACUUACAUGACACCGGAAGAUGUGGCUCAGAUGGGUUCGGCGAAGGCGAGAGCGUACGGGAACUUAUCGUCGGCACAAGUUGAAGAAAAAAUCUGGGAUCAGAGCUUGCAGUCGGUCAAUAAUGCCCUUAAAUACGAUCCCAAUAAUGGUAAGAUUUUAUGUCGCAAAAUCCGGAUUUACCGGGAGAAAGGCGAUUACGACCUGGCCUGUGAAGCUUGUGAAGAUGUGUUCCAGAAGGGUGCUUUAGUGGGCGAGUCUUUCUCCAAGAAAGCGCGCGAAGAAUACGCUACUCUAAGAAAGAAGAAGCAAAAGUCCGACGCUGACCAGAAAGCCAUGUACCAGCGGAUGCUGGGUGGGGCGGCAAAGCAGUCGAACGGCUCAAAUCGUUCAUCGCGGGCAGCUUCCAGCUCACCUCCACCAGUGAACUCCGCGUCACCCCGGACGUGGAUGAUUGUAGCCGGUGCCACCGCCGUUGCCGUGCUGGGAGUGGCCAUCUGGUAUCGAUAUUACCAGCAUCAUUAGGCGGACGGAAACGGGCGCGUAUGCGUAAUCCGCCUUCGAGCACCUUUGAGCUUGCCGACAGGAUCAUUGGCAGUGUGCUUCUGUCUGUGUGAUUUUUGGGUGUGUUUCAUUGCUUUUAAUGGUGAGUCUGAUGCGCAUGGAGGUUGAAAGGUGGGGUUUAGCGGUUAGAGGGGAUUUUGAGUGAUGUGUGUUUUCUGGAGCGAUUUGAACUUCUUGCAUGUCGCAGUGAUGCUGUUAAUUUAAUGCUGUAUGUCUUAGGCUACGAGUACGUUGAAAUGUGCCUUUUAUUUAACGGUUCGACCGGUUAAUAAAAUCUUCGUUUACAGU